AUGAGGGACCUGCUGUCCACCAGGAAUCAGGCCUGCUGGACAGAACUCAUUGAGAAGGAGGCGUACAGUCGGGCGCACUGGAGGCUUAAGUUUGCCCACAAGUACCCACGAGUUCCCGGCCCCAGGAAGAAGCUCCAGGUCCCCUUUCUCUCCCCAGCUCCAGACCCAUGCCCACUGCCUCCCAUCAGUCCCUCGAGGAUGGAGUGCUCAGAGAAGAGGACCUCCCCAGAAGGAGCUGGUGUCCAGUCUCUCCAGGAAGGGGAUAAGAAGGGGCAGAUGGAGGAUGCCAUGGCUGAGCCCCUCCUGCCCGAGAUGAGACCUGCCACCCCUAAGACCGGGCAGCUGCUGUAUCAGGGCAUCUCCCAAGAGGGCAAAGGGAGACUCCUCUACCUGCAGGCGCGGUGGCAGCAGAAGCCAGAGGACAAGUUUCGGUAUCCGGUCUUGUCGUCCUGGGACUACGGCUGGGGCAUAGGUGAUGGGAUCUCCCUUUAUCCAAAGUGCUUUGAGAUCUGUUGGGAUUCCAUGAAGGAAGCCAAGGCUCCAGUCCAUGCCAGAUCCCGGCUCAUCAGGGAUACUUUUUACUUCCGCAAUGGGGUCUUUCACCAGCCCUCCCGGUCUGACCAGCGGCUCUGA